UGACAUUUCCGAUGUGUCGUCAUAUUCAUAUCUAUCUGUCCUAACCUAGAUUACCUGAUUUGAAUUUUUCAAAACUUGAUUUUCUCUUAAACUUGCCACUGAGAACAAAGUGUUAGUAACAUGUGGUUUGAAAUAUUACCUAGUGCUGCUAUUGUCCUUGCGGGUUUGGCUUUACCGCACGUUUCGGGUUAUGUAAUGAAUAAAUUGGUCUUGGGCAACAUGUACAGGAGAAGUCUUGCUACCCAGGACUUGAGAAUGCAGUACUUGAGGGACAUUAGGCUCACAGGAGAUCCCUAUGUUACUAAUGGACUAGAGAACAUUCCUGAUUCUUAACUGGUUCAAUUAACUGUAGCAUUAUUUAUUAUACAUGUACAAACUGUAACUGUACUGGAGUGGAAACAUUAUCAGUUUAACACGCAAUAAACAUCAAUAUCUAA